CUGAAUCGAGUGUCUGAUUUCCUGUUUUGCAGUAAAAAAAAAAAAUACUGUGCUGAAAAAACGAGAUCCCCUGCUCCAGUGCCGGCUGAGACAUGGACGCAUACAAGCUGAUGAAGGAUCUGAGGCUGAACUAUGAGCAGGAAGUUCAUUACCUCCCCAAGGAGGCGGGACUGAGCCUCAUUGAAUCCACAACACAGGAUGACAGUCGAAUCUCGGCUAAGUGCAGAGAUGCCAAAGUGGAGGACCUAUGGAGUCUCACAAGCUUCUUCGGUUAUAGCACGCAGACCUUCGUCCUGGCUGUUAACCUGCUGGACAGAUUCCUGGCCAUGAUGAGGAUCCAGCCAAAGCACCUCUCAUGCGUCAGUCUCAGCUGCCUCCAAAUGGCGGCCAAAGUGACGGAGGAGGAGUGCAACGUGACGCCAAGUGAUGAGCUCAUCCGCAUCGGACAGUGCAGGUUCACUGUGUCCGACCUCAGCCGCAUGGAGAAGAUCGUCUCGGAGAAGCUCAACUUCAAAUCCAAAGCCAUCACUGCCUUAACCUUCCUACACCUGUACCACCAGAUCACUCUUUCACACUGCACAGAAAGGAAAGAGACUCUAAACCUGGAGAAGCUGGAGGCUCAGCUCAAAGCAUGUCUGUGCAGAAUCUCCUUCUCUAAAGCAAAGCCGUCCGUCCUCGCCCUGUCUCUCCUGAGGCAGGAGACCGAAGCGGGCCAGUCUGAGGACAUGUUGGAGAUAGCCUAUCACAUCCAAAGACACCUCAAGAUUGCAGACAGUGAACUGCUGCUAUGGAGUGAACGUGUGGCCCGCUGUCUACUGGACUACGCGUCCCCUGAAUGCAGCAAACCCAACCACAAGAAGCUGCAGUGGAUCGUCUCGCGGCGGACCGCCCAGAACCUGCACAGCUACCGCAGCGUCCCUGAACUGCCCACCAUCCCCGAGGGCUGCUGGGAUGAGAGCGAGAGUGAGGAUUCAUGUGAGGACGUGAUGAGUUCAGGCGAGGAGUCCCUCAGCAGCUCUCCGGGCAGCGACACCGAAGGACCCUACUUCCCCCUGUACCUCCGCCGCCAAAAACACCGCCAACACCUCCACGCCUGAAGCCUCUGCUGCCACCAUGUGCCUCACCACCUCCACCCUCUCACUUCUUUACCUUAAAAAAAAAAAACCCUGUCCUUUUUAAAUUAUUCUUUUAAUUCGCUCUGGUGCUGCUGGUGGGGAAUUGCACAAAACAACCAACAGCUGAGCAGCCCCCCCCCCCGGGACUCUUCCUGGUAGAUUUAGAUUUUUUAGUUUGUAGACGUGUCGGUGCAUGUUGAGAUGUCACAUUCCACGACGACCAUUAGAUAAAAAUUCAGUUGACUUGGCUGCGGCGUCAGGUCUUCACGGUGCAGAGUGGAGUCAGAUAUGAGGAAACUCUCAAGACUCCGAUGUGAGAUCAGAAACGGUUCUUGUUGUCAACAAGAAAAAAAAAAAAGGCUAAAAUGUGAUUAUUUAUCAGAAUGUUUUUGACUGUUAUUAAUCUUAAGACUGUUUUUAGUAAGAGUGAGGAGGAGUUCUUUUCUGAUGCACAGAACACGAGAGCAGCUGUGGUCAUGUAUCGUGGCCUGUUAUUCUUGGUUAAUGACUCCAGUGUGAUCUAGACUUCAUUAGUCUGCACGGGACCUGCAUAAAUUCUAGACUCCAUCAGGUCUUGUGGGGUCUCUUGACCUAUGUUUUUGGUCUUUAAUACCCAGGGAACAUUUCAAAAUGAAACCUUGCUUUUGUUAAGAACACACAUAUUCUGAGAGGGAGAUGCAUCUCUAGAGAUGACUGAUCACAGCUGCUCUCUUCUUUUAAAAAAAGAUUCAUUUGCACAGUUCUCUUUUCAACUCAUUUCAAGUGUUAAAUGGGCAGACUGGAGGUUUGAGUCUGAAGGGAAUCAAAGAUCAAGGCAGCCCUUUCAAAGUGCCUUGCUUAAAGGCAGUGAAGACAGAGCCGAGACCUUUCCCCUCAGAUUCAAACCCUGCUCACACCGCGGGGUGUUCAGAUAUACAAAAUAUUUAACAAGUGUGUGUUUGUGGAUGUGUGUGUGUAUGUAUGACUCUGGUUAUAAAAGUCAAAGUUGCCAACUUUAGGAUGUAGCGUAAAAAAAAAAGAAAAAGUUCUGUUCGGAGAGGAUGUUGUUCUGAAAGAAAUAAUGCUAACUGUGUCAAAAAAAGCUAAAAAAGCUAAAAAUGUUAAUAUAAAAACAUGUAAAACUGUAAAUGAUGUACACAAAAAUCUGUUAAUAGUUCUCUGUAGAUAUUAAGUUAUUUAUUCUGUUUUUGUCACCUGUACUGAAACCAGAAAAUCUGAUAAAAAUAUUGUUUUUUAAAA